GUGUGAGGUGCGCGCGUGUUGUCGCGCAGCAAAAGUGAGAGUGGGGCAAGGAACUAGAUCCUGUAGUGCCAUUUGUACGCGGAGAAAGAGACACUUGGCUUCUUGCCAUUAAAUGCCAUAUUAGGGAGACGUCGUCGCAAAAGUGAUCGUUCGCCAUGAAGACUGGCACGUACAAGAUACAGCAGCAGGCAACCCCAGCCGCCGGGGUGCAGUAUGCUGCUGAAAUGCAGUUGAUAUUCCCCAAAGAUGCCGGUGAGGAACCCAGUCAACAUCCACCGUCUUCCAGCCAAGUAUUUCGACUGAGUUCCAUCGAUAGUGAAAACCUUCUCCACCCGAAGCUUUGUUUCCCGAACUCUUCGACGUUGAGAAGCAAAGACGUCGGGAAAAUUCUGCUCGAGUCCAACAAUAGCGGAAAGAGUCCCCAAAUGACGGCUGUAGGGAGAGGAAUGUCGCUCAUUGAACAAAAGAAACUACGAACAAUGAAACGAAACGGUCUGAUUUCUCUCAAGUCCAAUGGUUCCUUGAGCGAUACGCCCCGUAAUACAGUAAACCAAUCUUUUACUCGCUCGUUUCCAUCUCAUCUCGAAACCACAGUCGAAGGAAGCUCCGUACUAAAUGCUUUUGGUUCAAAUAUAGCAGCUGGUUUGUCUCAUUUUCAUGGCAUUAAAUCCUCAGCAUCCGGGACUCUCGGAGAGGCGCUAUGGCAGCGAAUUAAAAGAAAAUCUGAACCUGAUCUCUGUUUCCCAAACAUGAACAUUAAGGGAACAUACAGUCACGCGGACCUCCAUGGCUGUUCAUCUGAAGGCAUCACAAGAAAGUUUGGUGAAUUAUCCGAUGAUUCUGAAAUUUUGUACAGAUCUGACACUUCUGUUCGUCAGCAAUACCUGAAGAAAAAUGUCCUUGGAAGUAGCUCGAAGGAGCGACCGAUUUCGAAUCCUCACGUUCUACAGUAUUUAGAAAACUUCCAUCGCCAGCAGCAAGAAAAACUGAAGGGAGACGAAGCUUUCCUGAAGAUCAAUGAGAAUUCACAAGGAGAAUAUAAUUGGGGCGCGCCCACUCCAACGUCAUCUUCGACCUUCCCUGAUAUGCAUUGCUUUGAGAACUUCGGUCCAACCCGACGCAACCAGGAACUAAAUGACUAUCAUCAAAUUGACAACAACAAUACUGAUGACGGAUCUAAUACCAAUACACUUGUCCACAGUAAGUCAAAGCAGAUCGGCAGCUACGAUAACGCUUGUCACGGCCGGCAUUGCAAGAGCAUAAACGUGUGUGACACCUUAUCAUGUUUGAGCGCGUCCAGUGGGUACAGCAGUAGCAGCAGCAGCAGUAACUGCGGCAGUCUUCGCAGUAACUCGACUUCUAGUCUGCAUGGAAAAAUGGAUCUCCACUCCCAAAUGAAGAUUUACGAUAAGUGUAAAGAUCGGUGCGAGUCGUCCAGUCGAAUUGACUCGGAAGUUUCCGCUGGGUCGUUUGAUUCAAGUUACUCGAAACCGGGACUUGAUUCAGUUGACCUAACGCACCAAGUGAUAAAUAACCCACCAACAGACUCAACUAGACACCAACCAAGUUCUAGUACAUCAGAUAUUAACCAAUACCAGCAUUUUAGUAACUGUGUCCACCCAGGAUUAUUAGACACAAGUAAUUACUCUGCUUCACGCCACCAUCAUGCGAGUACAGAUCCGUUUCAUUCUGAGAAAAGAUUUGAGAAAACGAAUUUUCUAACAUUUUCUGAUCGUGACCAUCCAGCCGAGUUGAACCCCACGAGUUCGCCAGGAUAUUUUUUCAUGAGAAAAUCGGGACUUCAGUCCCCGCCUUCAAGCCCAGACUCACAUUUAACUUGCAAAAAUUCUUCCAUGAAAAUAAAUGGCCGAAGCACCAUUGGAAAGUUUUCUGGGAUCGAUCCGUUAUUUUUUGACGAAGAAUUGGAAGAUCAAAACUCAGUUCUAAUUCCUCCGCUUGAAGAAGGUCGCGUUUCUAUUGAACAGAUUUUGUUCCAAGAAAAACGAUUUGAAUCUAAUAAUUCUGACUUUCAAAGUCCUUUUUAUCAACAAGAGUUGCAAAAAUUCGAUAUGAAUAAAAAUACUGACUUAGCUUGUCAUUCAGGCAGCACCAUUCCCUGUGCCAUCAAGCAAAUGCGUGCUAUCGAAGAGGCCCCUUCUAAACAAGUUAAUUCUGCUGUUAACCCUCUUAUUGCCGGAAGAUCCUUCAACUUUCCUACUCAGAUGGCACCCAAAAAUGACUCCAUCAACAUCAGCCUGGUUGGCACCGGGCCUCCUGGCUGCGGCCCUGGAACUGGGCCUCAGAUUAACAUAACUUUACCGGUAGAAAUGUUUUACGAUCGAACGAGGCUAACUGAGGCAGCCGUGCAAUCGUUUCUUGCCCAAAGUGACAACUGUGGCGAACAAAAAAUUUGUGAACGUGGCGUUCCGCAGCGAGAAUUAAUGCCUCUCAGCAAUAGAGACAACCUAGAUUUCCUUAUAUCCUCUUCCAAUAUUCAGAAUGAACCUAACCCGCUUCAAGUAACACACCAAGGCCAUCUUGAUACAUUCAAUGUUGAUUCUGUAACGAACGAUUCUCGUUCCGCGACAUUAGGUGCGAAAAAUAACUCAAAAACCUAUCAAGAUGCCAUAAAUAAAAAUCUUUAUCGUUCUGUCAACGAGCGAGACUUGUUUCCGGCAGAGGUUGGAGUUACCGACGACUUGACUUUGGUACGUGACUUGGAUCCCGCUGCUUGCCAGCGUUUCUUCAGCACGCGGUUAUCCAGAACUAAACUGAUGCGCAAUGGGGAAGCUAACACGAACUCUCAUGUUCGGGACAUGGACCAUGCUUCGCCAAUUGAGUCGAAAAACUCUUGUAAUAAAUUAGCAAUGGAUAAAAUUGGAGCAGGAAUUUUCAAUUCUACAGCCUCGAAUAAUACGGGUCAAGAUAGGAGAACAUGCAGUAAACAAGAUCGUUCUUGUCAUGAGAUGCGAACAGAUCGAGUCGAAUUCAGUACAGUGUCGUGUAAUGAUACAAACGCAAAAAAUGAUGAUAUUUGUGACAAGUGUGAUAAUGUAAUGAGGUGUGAUGCACUGGCUAGUGGGUACCGAGGUUGUAGGGAGUGUGGAGUAAGUAAUGGAACUCUUGCAACUCAAAAAAACUGUGGUCUGGAUUUGGCUUCGUGUGGUCAGAAUUCCAAAAGUUCCCAUGCCAAGACAAGUUGUGCAAAUAACUGCCCACCAAACCGCCAUGUUGAGACACAUAAUAAUGACAAUCCAUAUACCCAAAUCUGUGAACCAACUAGUGCAAGAACUGACGGUUCUCACACCAACACCAAAAUCUCGGUAGAAAGUGCCAGGUCCACGGAAGGAUCAACUGCUUCAUCAGAAACGGUGACUGGCAGAUCUGAAUGCUGGUCCCGACGGAGGGCAGUUAGGUUUGAGUUACCGAGUGUUUUGGACUUCGGCAACAACCGCGGUGGUCGGAGCGACAGAAGGAAGCUGCUUGCAGAAAUGGACGAGUCUACUGAUGCCCUCACUGAUAAGAUGCUCGUGCUCAAGAAGGAGAUGACGGAGCUGGUGGCCGUGGAUAGCGACCUGUACAAUCAGCUGGCCGGUAUCCAGGUGCGCAUCCGCUCCAUGGCUGAGCAACUGAAGGCUUUGGCAUCCAUUGUGGAUGACGAGAAGGAUACGAUAGUGGAUGACGAGAAGGAAACGACAAUGGAUGAGGAGAAAGAGACGAUAGUGGAUGACGAGAAAGAUAAGGCAGUGGAUGACGAGAAGGAUACGACAGUGGAUGACGAGAAGGAAACGACAAUGGAUGAGGAGAAAGAGACGAUAGUGGAUGACAGCAAACUCCAUGCAGAGUACGAGGCUGUAGAUGACAAGCCAUCCUACGCGAUGGAUGAAGGGAAAGUCGGCACGUGGAGUGACAAGAAUGGUCGAGAAAAGCAAGACGGAGAUCACAGGACUCUGGAUUACGUCAUGAAGCUCAACGGACAGAAUACGAAGAACGAAGCUUUGGUUGACGAGAAAUGUAAACUAAAGGAAGAUGGCAGUGACGAAUCAGAUAUCGACGUGAGGAAUUCUGCAGCGUUCGUUGCAGCUCAAACGAUGAACGAAAAUCAACAUACCUUGGAUCUUAAGCGCGACCUGAACAACAACGGCAGCAAGAUUGGCAGUCCUCUCCUCAUCGGUGGUUAUGAUAACAAGAACUGUCAUCUCAUUAACACGCAAUUAAACUCUUCUAAUGGAAAUCCAUAUUCUAUUCUACCAUCUACAAUGGUCAGCAAAUGCAAUUUAGAUAAGGACCGUGACGUUUUCUAUGAUGAAGAAGCCUUUGUUAAAUCUUCAGAUCCGACAAAAGCUCAGAAAUGUGCACCGAAUUUCGCGGCGGUUGGGGAGCAAUUUUCAAAAUCUCAACCAACUCAACGAGAUCUCAACGAAGGCAUUCAUCAUCAGAGUACCGGGACAGCGAAGCUCAAAGACCAACUCGUUCCUAAGUCGGAAAAUCCUAGAACUCCUACUGCGGUGACGAAAGUUGAUAUUCAACAGCCCUCGAAAUCCCCAUACUACGCCCUCGAUAUCAACGUGAACACCAGCAGGAGUUGGACGGACAGCCUCAGCAGCUGCGAAGGCGACCUCUACAGCGACGCCGACAUCGAUGAGGUGGUCGACCGGGACAGCCUGGAUGGUGACCAGGCCAUAGAACCUGUGGACCAAGAUUCCUUGAACGCGUCGGUAGCAGAUGACAGCAAAGACCUGCCCCACGGCUGGGGCGUCCCGAACGGUCCUGCUGCGCCUGGUACUUCGGGUGCAGUCGGCGGUUCUUCGGGUGCAGUCGGCGGUUCUUCAGUAACAGUCAGUGGUUCUUCAGUUGCAGUCGGCGGUUCUUCGGGUGCAGUCAGCGGUUCUUCAGUAACAGUCAGUGGAUCUUCAGUUGCAGUCGACGGCUCUUCAGGUGCAGUUAGCGGUUCUUUGGUGGUAAUCAGUGGUUCUUCGGGUGCAGUCGACAAUUAUAUGGGUGCUGUCGGCGAUUUUUCGCCCUCGAAAAUGGAUUCGGCGCAUGCAAGAUCGGAGUUAGCAAUGACUGAAUUUAGUUCCGUGAUCCCAAAAGUUGAUAUACCAAAUAUUGAUUUUUCCACUUUGAAACCUGAAUCAAUGACUUGUGGAGCUGAGGAUCUUGGUUCUUCCAUCACAAGAGAAGGUGAACAUGGGAUGGCAAGCGCGGAUGACAUUAUUCUGUCCCCUCCCGACGCGUUCGCGUCACCUCCGUCCUUGCCCCCCAUGCCUCCUCCAUCUCCUACUCCCUCGCUGCCACCUCCUCCUCUCCCUACGUCUCCCCCGCCAUGUCUAGAUCGUGUUUCUGAUGAUAAAAUUAUCGAAAUAUUGAGCGUUUCUGGGAACGUUAUGGCGUUUUCUAGCGGCGAAGAAACUCCAGACAACGAAGGCAAUUUCGAUUGCUUGGUCCAAGAAACGAGAGACGUCAGUCCUGUAAAUAUCGAGUCGGAAGUAUCUGCUGCUGGGAUCUCUAGCUGUCAAAUGAAAGUAAAUGGAAAUAUUACCCAGAUUAAUUUUUCAUCUAAGAAUAGCACAGCUCAAAGAAAAAAUCCCCACACGAAAACCAAUCAGUUUAGAGAUUCUGCAGUAACACGACUGCCAAAUCCUUCAUCGGCAUCAAAAUUACCUUCGGCCCUCGAUCCCAACCACCAAACUUCUAAACUGUCCUGCCAAGUCCCAAGCGAUACUUGCACAAUGACACUUAUUCCUAAACCUCAAAACAUCUAUAACGUCAAGAAGCCUCUGCCCAAAAAAGACAACUCCCAUGCCACAUCGAAGCCCAAAGUUCAUUUCGACCCCAAUACUGAAAGUGACUCAAAGAAGCAAGUGUCUAGGUCCUUAUCACUUCCACAGCAGGGGUUGUACGUUAAUAAAUACUUCGAUGGAGAGAAGUCAGAGAAACUCGGUAACACAAGCGAGAAGAGGCUGAAGCCGUGCGCUGAAAGUAAAAUUCCUAAACUUUCAGUUUCAAGGGAGUCAUUACUUCACACAUCGGAUUUGGAGAAGCCAACCAAGAACAACCUACAUCAAGGCAAGACAAAGCACAGCCCAGAGAACGCCAUCCGCAACGAAACCUUAACUAAAAGUUCAACGGAAUGCACUACUGUUGUCUCGCCAAUCUUGGUUGAUACAAUACCACAUUUAGACCGUUCACCAAAUUCUGUCAUCGAAUCUGUUGGUAAAAACCCAUUUAAUUUGAAUAACAGUCCCAGAAUUUGUGGUACCCGUAAGCUAGUAUCAUAUGAUUACCAGAAUGAAUGCUAUGAGCCAGCAAGUGAUUUCGAUGCGUCGUUUGAGCCAGACUCGCUCAUGAUCACCCACGACGUCACAAGUGCUGUAUCCUCAACACCCUGCCAUCCAAAUAACGCUGAAAAUGAAGGUCGCGCUGAUACAAAUAUCGUGCUUUCUUCACAGGUUAUUUUAAACGAUGAAGGAAUGGUUUUUUCCGAAGCUGAAAACCAAGAUCUAAUGCGAGGUGAGCGGACUCAAGCUCCCUUCUCACCCUCAAACAUUUCAGUGUUCUCUCGAACACGUAAAACCUACGCGCCCUGUGGCCGGAAUCGUAGCAGGAGUUCAAUGAAGAGCGUUCUAAGUGCCGAUAGAGAUGGGGACGGUGAAGAGACCACAGUCUUGCAGCAGCAUCACCAAGGGUCAGAGGCUUCCUUGAUGCCCAGGACAGAGCCUGAGGGAUCUGAAGACACGGGGCCAUCUCCUGGUACCGGACCUGUUAGUUCAAAGACUCUUUCCUAUCUUACAACCUCAUCAGGGGAAGACCGUGAGAGGAGAAACGUGCCUUUGGAAGACGAUAAAGACAUCACAAGAGAUCUCCGAAUCAAAUUAAUGAGGAUCAGAGCAACACUUGCUGAAAAUAAACUGACUUUAGACGAUUUUGCCUCCGAAAGUUUACGUUUGAAAUUUUCUUCUCUUGAUCGACUUGCAUCGAGUUUGAUGGAAGCCACACUACGGCAUCCUCAGUUACGCUAUGAAGAAGAUGAGGAUUUCUCAGAUGAUGAAAGUGCCGCAAUUGAAGCGGUUAACGAAGCUCUGCUCAAAGCUCUUAAUAAAGCCCCCAAGUCUGUUCAUUUUGCUCCAGAAAUUGUCCCUACAGAAGGUUCAAUAACAAAAUUUUCCCCCACUUCUCUUCCUGGCAAUUCCCGAAGCACCAGACUGUCAGUAGUCCCUGAGAGGCUGAGCACCCAUGACGUCAGCUCGCUUGUUGACGAGUCAGUACCUGGCCUGCCGUCAGUAAAAACCGCCCCUUUGCCGGCUACAAGAAAGGAACUAUUUUCCAAUGAAGUUUUGAGAGGGAGUGAGAAGGGAAAUAUGAAUCAUGACACGUCAUCCAACUCAAAAGAUAAACGCCACUUUUUGGAACCGCGAUCUCAGAAUUCCAAAGGCCAUUUCCAUGAGAAUUCUAUCAAACCUUCGUAUCCUAUGGCUCCUGGCAAUCAAUUUGCCAACUCGAAGAUCUCCCAGCCAUCUAAAGCUCUAUUAUCUUCCGGUAUGUCGAGUGUUCCGGAAGCACAUCGGCCAAGUUCUGCCAGAAGUCCUACUCUUCCCGGCGCUAAGUAUAACGGCGUUGCCGAAAGUGACAAGAGGACUCUAGCGCCUUCAGGAGCGAUGUGUUAUUCUUCGCAAAAUUUUUCAGACACAUGGGAAGCCAUGUCAGCCGAUGCCAAGGCCAACCAUGGCUCUAAGGUGCACAUGGCUGGUAAAAUCAUCGCUAGCAUUGGUAAAAGGGGAGGCAAGCCAAAGAAAGGGAUGGAGAACGAGACUGAUCACAAGAUUGUUGUCUCUGCGCAUACAAACUACCGGGAGGCACUUAUCAUGUAGUAGGUGCCUGUGUGGUUAUAGGUACUCUUUACCACCAAUAAAUGCUUGUCACUUGCGCAACAGUACAAACGAUAUUUUGUGGUGAGCGAAGCGACAUUUUCACGGUCGAGAUUGCAAUCAUGGUGGCCAACAGGAAUGACCAACAGGAAUUAAGUUCCGUAGUUAAUUGUUUUUAUAUAGAAAGUAUUUGUAUAUAGAAAAGGCUAAAAGCCAUGCCCGAAAAUGAAAAACUGUGACCAGGACGAGUAAAUAGUCUUACUGGUUUUAUUGCUUGUUCAAGAAGGAUUUUUAUGUUGCCAAUGUUUGUAUCCCGAACACUUAGACCAUUUUCUCAGCUUACUUCAAGUUUUUUGUCGCCGUUUUUUGUGAUUUUAUUCUAGAUUUAAUAGAUGAAUAUUCCAAUCAGUUAUUAGAUGUUUGGAUCAGGUAAGAUGACGAACCGAGGAUGGUUUAUCACCGGAGAAACAUAGCACCCUAUCUUACGUACAAAUAACAUUGUGACUGCAGUCUCAGGUGCCAUAAUAACUCCAUCGAAGUUAUACUCGAGCGCUGACCUAAGCGUGUAGUUACUCUCAUUACUUCCCUCGUAUUACUGUCAUUACUCCCCUCGUAUUACUGUCAUUACUCCCCUCGUAUUACUGUCAUUACUCCCCUCGUAUUACUGUCAUUACUCCCCUCGUAUUACUGUCAUUACUUCCCUCGUAUUACUGUCAUUACUUCCCUCGUAUUACUGUCAUUACUUCCCUCGUAUUACUGUCAUUACUUCCCUCGUAUUACUGUCAUUAC